CAGAUGGAGGAUAUUAAAGUCGUGGUCUGUGCUGACCCAGUUUCAUGCUGUUUUCUCAGCACACAUAUGUGGGAGCUUGUCACGCUGAUUGACAGCUGGCAGUUCAGGGCAGGUGGGCCCAUCCACUGCAGCUUCAGCAGGCCCUGCUGGUAAAACAGACAUCUGGAGCUCAGCACACGAAUCCAAAUGUCCCUGCAUGCGAGACUCACUUCUAGAGCUGACCACGUGCAUGGCAUUGUUUUCACACUAACCUUCCUGAUCUUCUUUCACAUCCCGGGCAGGUCUCGCAUGGACCUCACUAGACUGGCUUUCCCCUUAGUGAGGCUUCUAAGCCGAUUUCUUGGACAUGCAGUGUCUUCUUGCUAGGCUUGCUCUGACUAGGUAGAGUCCGGCAGAGCUCUUGGAUGUACGCAAUGGGCAGUAGACUGAGAUGCUUGGUUAAUAUGAAAUUCUUUUCAUUGGAGACUCAACCAACAGGGGGAUAAUGUACUAUCUGAUCGAAAGACUGAAUGAAACUCUGCAGGAAUGGCAGAAGGUGCAUGGCAUUAAAUUCUAUCACAACGUCAAUGGUGGGAAGACUUUGAUCAGUUAUUCCUACUAUCCCCAGUUCUGGAUAAGCUCUUUAUUGAGACCAACGUUUGAAAAAGCACUUGAACAUCUCUUGCAAAGAUCACGUCCGCUGGAGAAUAGUGGCCAGACAGUAUUAGUUGUUGGUGGGGUUCAGUGGCUUAAUUCCAAUCACCUGCAAAUUAUUCACAAGGUUUUGAAGAGGGAAAAUUUACCCAAUAUCCUGGUGAUCAUCAAAACAUUGGGAAUUGGAUUUCAUCUACCAGUGGACGGAGUGCAUUUUUUAAAUCAGAGUGAAGUACAGAGCUUAUGGAAAGAAAAUGUGAUUAUUCUGGAUGCUGCAAAAAAAUAUGGCUAUGAAGUAGUUGAUACCUUCACUAUAACAAUGGGGCGAUACAAAGAGUUUCUGCAAGGGACGUGUGGAUGUCAUUUCCAUGAGGUAGUGAAAUCAAAGUUAUCCAAAGAAUAUCACUUUAUUAAAAUGAAACAAUCAAGGAACCAUAUCGUGGGAAAGUAUUUCAGCAAUCAAAACAAACUUCAACAACUACAAGACUCUGUAACAAAUUUUCAAUCUCCAUACCAUGUCAGAGGUCCAAUUAAUCAGGUUUGUUCUGAGAUCCUUCUCGGCAGGAUGUGCGCAAGUAAAAGGACUACAUAGAUGCCCCGUAGGAGGACUGAAUUAGGAGCUGGAGUCAAGACACUCAGCUGGAUGCUGGUCUGGAAACCACAUCCUGUACAUCACGUGUAUUUCGGUUUGACUGCGCACACUGAUGCACACCAUCUCGCACAUACACACACACCUACGUACAUGCAACUAAAAAAAAUGCACUUUUUCCUUUCCACAGCUUUAUAAAGUCAAGAUAUGCACCAGACAAUCACUUGGUUUCAGACUGAAAGACAGAGUUAGAAAACAGUUACUUGAAGUAUAAUCAUAGACUAAGACCACCGUGGGCCAGGUAUUACAUUGUGAUAGUAAAGAGAAAUCUAGAUACUUGAAUUGUGUGAAAAAAAAAAGAGGACAAUGAUCUUAAGUAUGUAUUAUCUCCUCUGUAGGUACAUUAAUACUGAAAAGAGAAAAAAGCAAUUACAUUCCAUUUGCAAGCAGAGAUUGCACUUGUGUCCUUUACCGGAGAAAAUGUAGCAUUUACAAUGGCUUUGGCUUUGUGAAUCAAACGCUAAUCAAAAACAUUUCUUCCUAUGCAUUUUAAAUUUGAUUAUUGAAAGGAGAAGAAUAAGAAUGUUUCACAAGGGAAUUCAGAGAUUCCAUGAGAGAAACAGGGAAUGAAAUAUUUUACAGUUAAAACACCAAUAUAUUUGCUUUUGUACUCUCUGUAUUUUUCAUAAACAUUCCCUCCUGUCCAGUCUGUGAAUUUGGAUGGGUAACUGCAGUGUAAAUUGAUUAAAUGGCAUGAUUUUAAAGUGAGGAGCAAAAUAUAGUUCCUCAUGUAUUACUUUAUUAUGUUUCAUUGAUGAUAUUACUUAAGGUUUUGUUUGUCUUUACAGCCUUAUGUAAAUUAAGAUUACAAUUAUAUUGUAUGUAACUAUUUUGCAAAGGGAUUAGGCCAAUUUUCCACAAAGCAUUUAUCUAUGUCAUAAAUAAUACUAUGUUACUAGUAACUGUAUUUUUAUUUUUCAAAUUUACAUGUAAUUUGAGCAAUUAUAUCUAAUUCAAAUUUAGAGUAGGCAUCAAAUUAUUUCUUACUGAAACUCAUUGAAACAAAUACCUCAAUUCCAUUGUUGUUUUUAGGCGCUGUCGAGUAGGUACUGACUCAUAGUGACCCUAUGAGUGCAGCAAAGCGAAACACGGCCCGGUCCUGCACCAUACUCGCAAUUGUUCCUGUGCUGGAGCCGAUUGUUGCAGGCUCUGUGUCAAUCCAUUUUAUUGAGGGUCUUCAUCUUUUUUUUCCACCCUCUCUUUUA